AUGUCCGCCACUACUGAAACCCCCGCGACCGCUCCGGCGAGCGUUCCAGCCACGGGCAUGCGCAAAAAUGGCAAGAACUGGCAUGCCACUAAAAAAGCGUUCCGGCCUAGCGCGGGCUUGACAUCCUAUGCCAAGCGUCAGGAGACUCGCAAGCAACUCGAGGCAAACAAGGAGCGGGAACGUGAGAUGAAGGAGGAGAAAGAAGCCGAGCGCCAGGCGCAUAUUCAACGUAUCAAGGACAAGCGUGCCGCCAAGGAAGAAAAGGCUCGCUACGAAAAGAUGGCCGAGAAGAUGCAUGCCAAGCGUGUGGAGCGUCUGAAGCGUCGCGAGAAGCGCAACAAGCUUCUCAGCUCUUGA